UGUUUUAUGAUAACUUAUAUUUUAUUAACGUUUAUAGUUCAAAAAAUUUGUGUAAGUUCAACCUAAGAUAUACCCACUUGAUAAUUAAUAUUCUAAUAUUUAAUUCAAAAUAAAUUUGUAUUAAUUUGCUUAUAUAGAAAAUAACACUCUUUUUAACAUGGCUUCAACUUCUGGAUCUGAAGAUCCUACUGAAAAUUUAAAAAAAGAGCCUUCGAAAGGUAUUCUAAAACCUUCAGUUAGUUAUGAAGAAAAGGAAAAAACAAAGAAAGCUGCCCACAAAUCUGCAAAAUGGGAUGAGAUGAAUAUAUUGAAAACAUUACAUCCAGCUGAUAAAGACUAUGGUCAUAUGAAAGUUGAUGAACCUAAAACACCAUUUGAAAGAGAAAUUGAUGAUGAAGAUGAUGAAAUGGAUGGUGGAGUUAAUGCUGACGAUUUAAGAAAACGAAUUGAACAAACUAAACAAAGAAGAAGUAGUGGAAGCAGUACAUUUCAGUCAGAAGACGAUUCAGAUAAUGAAACUCCAGAAUCUAAAUUAGCUAAAGAAAUAUUUGAAAAGAAGCGUAAAGAACAUUACAAUGAAUUUAAAGCCGCUAAAAUGGCUAAACAAAUGAUGGAAGAAGAAGAUGAUGAUGAAGAUAAUAACGACGAAAAUAAGCAAAAUGAUUCUAGUCUAGUAUAAGACUUAAAUUUUUAAUACUGAGAAUUACAAAUAAAGUUAUGGAGUCUUCUAACUUAUAAUUUUUGCACAAUUUUUUACUUCAAUUAUUGUUAUGUAUUAUGAAUAAUUGUGUAAUAACUUAUUCUUUGAUAUUUGUUUAUACAUUUGAGUAUUAGGAAAUAUUCUAUCGAAUUUACUUAUUUAUUUUCUCAGAUUUGUACAGUAUUAAUCAAGCAGAUAGAAUAAAGUAACCUUAUCAGUCAAAAU